AUGGCGAUCGUAGAAGCGGCCUCCAAAUCCGAUUCGCACCUCAUUUUCACAUACGGAACCCUAAAGCGCGGAUUCCCCAACCAUCGCCUGAUGGAAAAUCUAAUCAGCGGCGGCAACGUCGUCUUCAUCGGCGAGUACACAACGGUAGAGGCCUUCCCACUCUGUUGCGGGCCCUACGGGAUCCCGUACCUGAUCAACAUCACCGGAUCUGGUCACCGGAUUCGGGGCGAGCUCUACAAGGUGAAUAACAUUGGGCAAGGACCACUUGAUGAUUUGGAAGGGAUCGAGAUAGGUCACUACGAGAGGCUGCCGGUGACCGUCGUUGGUGACUGCAGUGAGACGGUGAUGGCGGAGGCGUAUUUCGCGCAUAGGAGCUUUGGGGAAGGGAUGUGGAAGAGGUGUGGAGAAGUAGGGAUUGAGGAGUUUAGUAUGGAAUUAGGGAAGAAAUAUGAGAGGAAAGAAAAAAGGCCUUCCAAUCACGAUUUUCUUCAAGAUAUCAGAAAUUUUAUCUCCAAUGGUGAUUGAGAUUGUGAUUUUC